GGCGACGGAGGUAAAGUUCUGCCGCUCAGACUCUGAAGGAUCACAGUCCAGCGAAUGAGGAGUGAAUUCACGCACCAUGUUCUGCGAUUUGAACACUGUCGCUUGAGAAAAGGAAGACUGCUGUAAACUUGCAAUCAUGUUUUGGACUAUUUUGUUGCCGUAUUGUGUGACUUUUGUGUUGGGAAAUAAGACCGACGAACGAAUACCUUUCUUCCACGGCCAUGUGUUUGAAAACUCUCCACUUGGCUCAAAAGUGAACGGACUGAGUAUCCCGGUGAAGCGCAUCGACCCGCAGAGAUGGUGCUCCAAGUCCGGGAUGCACCUGAAACUCCUGGGGGACCGGAGUGAAGAUUUCCACGUCUUCGCCCAUCACAAGCGAGGACACAUAUUACUGAAAACCUCUAACGUUCUCGAUCGAGAGGAGCGCGCUGAGUAUUUCCUCAGUCUCGCGCUGUGCUGUCAGAGCUGCGCGUCAGCCGAGCGCGUCGUGGCCGAAGUUGCUUCUAUUAAAGUGGACGUGCUCGACACGAACGACCACGAGCCCACUUUCCAACAUGCAGACGUGAAAAUAACUUUGGACGACGCCACGGCCCUGAGGUCGGUGGUGUACACGGUGAAAGCGGAGGACAUUGACAGCGGCAAAAACGCCGAGCUCAUAUACUACGCGCUCCCGAGAAACGGCAGUUUCUAUGUAGUGCCCAAAACCGGCGACAUCCUCCUCGUGGACUCGAUUCUCGGUCUCGCGCAGUCAAUAAAGUUCAGCGUGUUUGCGCGAGACCACGGCUGGCCCGCUCGGACCAGUCAGAAUAUGGAUAUAGAGAUCAGUCCGCGCCAAUGGCCAGCUCUUCCUAAGCUCGAUAACCGACUCUCGAGAAAGUCCCGCUCCGUGCCGGAGCCUGUGCUUAUCACUGUGUCCGAAGACGCGAGUAUCGGCUCCGUCAUAAUGAAGCUGCACCCGGUGAGGUUUCAGUCCGCCAGUUUUGAGCUGAUUCACCCGGACGCGGAUAACUCUCCCGUCACCGUGAUUCGGGACAGCGGAGAUUUGGUUAUAUCAAGGCGGCUCGACCGAGAGACGCAGCCGCUAGUGGAGAUAACUGUCAAAGUGCAAGAUAAGCGAGGUUCAGACUGGUAUACAGUGAGAGUGGAUUUGACGGUGAUGGAUGUCAAUGAUAAUGCCCCAGAAUGGACGAUGGUCCCUUUCCCCUACCUGAGUGUGGUCUCUGCUAAUGCCCCAUCAAACACACUGGUCUACAAGCUUCAAGCCAGAGAUGGUGAUGAGGGCAUCAAUGGAGAGGUGGAAUACUUCCUGUCUGAUGGAGGUGACGGGAGAUUUGAGGUGGACAGGAAGAACGGUCACGUGUGGACGACAGGCCUCCCCCUGCAAAGAGACAGAGAAUACCUACUCACAGUGGUGGCUGCUGAUCGGCAGGGCAGCCGCAGUCCUCCCGCUGUAGUAUCCAUCAUCGCAGGCCCAAGAGCUCCUCAGUUCACCAACGUGUCUUAUACAAUUUCCAUACCAGAAAACACACCAGAAGGGCAACCCUUCCUAGUCACUCCAGCAGUGUCCUUCCAAAAACAGAUUGUAAUUUACAGCCUGCUCAUCAAUCCCAGCAGUCUUUUCAGCAUCCAGCCAGAGACGGGGGAGAUCAGUCUGACCCAUACUAUAGACUAUGAGAGUGACCAGCACCGCUACCUGCUGCUGGUGCGGGCCAGUGAGAAUCAGGACAGUCUCAGUAGUGCUGCUGAGGUGCGAGUGAUCAUCACAGAUGAGAAUGACUGUGUUCCUGAGUUCCAGCAGUCCAUUUAUAGCAAAGACGGUGUCCCUGAGACAGUCACGACUGCAACAUCACUUCUGCAGGUAUCAGCCAGUGAUUGUGAUUCGGAGCAGAAUGCAGAGCUCACAUACUACACGCUUAGUCCAGAUUUCAUCAUUUCAGCCCAUGGCACCAUAUUCCCGGCAGGCCCUCUGGAUUACGAGAGGCCCAACCACCUGUAUGAAUUCGUAGUGAUGGCGGUGGAUAAGGGUGAGGUGUCCCGCACCGGCACGGCCACUGUGCGUCUUCGUAUGGCCAAUGUCAACGACGAGCCUCCAGAGUUCUCGCAGCCUGUGUAUCAGACCUUUGUCUCUGAGGACGCAGGGCCCAACACUCUGGUUGCAACAGUCCUGGCCAAGGACCCAGAUGGAGAUGGGAUCACAUACAAAAUUACAGCAGGCAAUGAAGAAGGCAACUUUGUCAUCGACAGUCAGAAAGGAUUGAUCCGUCUCCGCUCCAGCCCAUAUCCUAGACUUCAGGGACUAAAGUACAUCCUGAACGUAAUGGCAACAGAUGAUAACGCCUCCGGUGGGCCGCAGUCACUCUCCGCCAUUGCCCAGGUCAUUGUAGGAGUAGACGAUGUGAACAACAACAAACCUGUGUUUGAAAAGUGUGCCGAGUAUAAAGAGAAGGCAUCAGUUCUGGAAAAUAAGCCAGUGGGAACAUUUGUGCUGCAGGUCCAUGCGGAUGAUGCUGAUGAAGGAGCCAAUGGAAAAGUCACAUAUGGUUUUAUGCAUAAAGACAGCACGGUUCCUGCCUUCAGCAUUGAUCCAGAAACAGGUGUUAUCGUAACUGCUAUGACGUUUGAUCGGGAGAGGCAGAGAGAGUAUGCAGUAACAGUGACAGCCACGGACCAAGCGGCGGACCCCCUCAUAGGCAUCUGCCAGCUCAACAUUCUUAUCCUCGACGAGAAUGACAACAGCCCCAAAUUUGAGAACCUGCGCUACGAAUACUUCUUACGUGAGGACACCAUGAUCGGGACCAGUUUUCUGCGAGUGGCUGCACAUGAUGAUGAUUACAGCACUUACGCGGCCAUCACUUACUCCAUGUCCGAGGAGCAGCCGGAGUAUCUACGAGUGAAUCCACUCACUGGCUGGAUCUACGUAAACCAGCCAAUCUCGCAGAGGACCUACAUCAGCAGGCAGAUCAUCGCUACAGAUGGAGGGAAUCAGAGCAGUUCAGUCGAGCUGGCAGUCACCAUAACUAACGUGAAGAACCAGCCUCCACAGUGGGAGAAGGACACAUAUGAGGUCGUCAUACCUGAAAACACUGUCAGAGACACUCCAGUUGUGACUAUCAAGGCCACCUCUCCGCUGGGCGACCCGAGGGUGACUUAUAACUUGGAGGAUGGAUUGGUGCCAGAGAGCAACAUGCCUGUUCGUUUUUACCUAACCCCGAAUCGUGAAGAUGGCUCUGCCUCUAUACUUGUCUCAGAGCCCUUGGACUAUGAGAUGACCCGCAACUUCAUGCUUAGGGUUCGAGCUCAGAACGUGGCUCCUGUUCCCUUGGCUGCCUUCACUAUUGUUCACAUAAACAUCACAGAUGUCAAUGACAAUGUUCCAUUCUUCACCUCCUCCAUAUGCGAGGCAUCUGUGACUGAAGGGGCGGAAAUUGGGACUCUAGUUCUCCAAGUGUCAGCUAAUGAUCUUGACCUGGGACUGAAUGGGAAGAUCUCAUACUCCCUACUGAAUGACCGUAGUGGAGACUAUCAGUACUUCCGCAUUGAUCCUGAGCUGGGCACCAUCUACACAGAGGCUGUGUUUGAUCGAGAGACCAAGGGAUCUUACCUUUUGGAAGUGAAGUCAGUAGAUGGCUGGGAAUCAGCCAGGCCAGGGAAGCAUGGACAGCCUAACUCAGAUACUGCGUAUGUGCGUAUUUUCAUCAGUGACGUGAACGAUAACAAGCCGGUGUUUGCGCAGUCUGUGUAUGAAGUCGACGUGGAUGAGGAUGCUGACGUGGGCUCCACCAUUCUCACAGUCAGCGCUAAUGAUGAAGAUGAAGGUGCUAACGCCAAGUUGCGCUACCAAAUUACAUCAGGCAAUGUGGGAGGUGUUUUUGACAUGGAGCCCGAGGUGGGAACCAUCUUCAUUGCCCAGCCAUUGGACUAUGAACAGAACAAGCUCUAUAAGCUGCACGUCUUGGCCUCCGAUGGGAAGUGGGAAGAUUACGCUACUGUAAUAGUGACUAUUGUGAAUAAGAACGAUGAGGCACCUGUGUUCUCUGUGAACGAGUACUACGGUAGUGUGACAGAGGAGAUGGACGGUUCUCCUGUCUUUGUGUUGAAGGUAACAGCAUCUGACCCAGAUAACGAUGCUGACCAGGAGGCUUUGAGAUAUUCCCUUCAUGGUCAAGGUGCUGAGAGCGAGUUCAUCAUUGACGAGGUCACAGGGAGGAUAUAUGCUCAGAGAACAUUAGACCGUGAGGCCCGGGCAGUGUGGCGUUUUGUGGUCCUGGCCACGGAUGAGGGUGGCGAGGGACUAACGGGUUUCACCGAUGUCAUUAUCAACGUAUGGGACAUUAACGACAACGCUCCUAUUUUUGCUUGUGCUCCAGACAGUUGCCAUGGUGACGUAUCUGAGAACUCCCCACCUGGCACUUCCGUCAUGGAGAUGACAGCCACUGAUCUAGAUGAUGCGGCUGUCGGACAAAAUGCAAUGCUGGCCUAUAGAAUUGUGGGUAACGCUGCCCUAAAUGGAGCUAACAGCGGAGCAGAUGUGUUCAGCAUCAAUCCCGCUACUGGGGCUGUUUCAGUGGCAAUGUCUGGCCUGGACAGGGAACAGACUGAUUCGUACGUCUUGGUGGUUGAAGCACGAGAUGGUGGAGGUAUGAUAGGAACGGCUACCGCGACUAUACACGUGACGGACGUCAAUGACCACGUCCCACGUUUCCUGGACCGCACGUGCUCCAUACGCAUCCCUGAGAGCAGUGAGCCCAACACGCCGAUCAUAGAGCUUGCCGCAGAGGAUGCGGAUGCUGGAGAGAAUGGCCAGCUGACCUUCAGUGUGGUGGCCGGUGAUCCCGAACAGAAGUUUUACAUGGUGAGUCAUCGACAGGAGCAACGCGGGACCCUUCGUCUCAAGAAGCAUCUGGAUUACGAAAGACCAGGUGAGCAACGCUUCAACCUCACCAUAAAAGUGGAAGAUAUGCAGUACUCCAGCCUGCUGCACUGCACUCUUGAGAUCGAAGACUGCAACGACCACGUGCCGGUCUUCAUUCCUCACUUUAUACAGCUUCCAGCCGUACGAGAGGAUGUCGCUCCAGGAACUAGCGUGGCGAGUGUGGCUGCCAGUGAUUUGGACUCAGGGUUCAAUCGUGAGAUCACUUAUAGCAUUGCUUCAGAGUCUGAUCUGUACCAUCUGUUUUCUGUGGACCAGUCAGGGUUGGUCACUGUGGCUAGUGAGCUGGACAGGGAAAAGGUUGCACUGCAUCAUUUGGUUAUACUUGCGACAGACCACGGUACGCCACCGUUGACUGGCACCGCAACUAUCCAGAUGGCUCUGCUGGAUGUCAACGACAACGGCCCUGAGUUUGAGGCUGCAUAUGCACCAAUAGUGUGGGAGAAUGUUUUGGGCCCACAGGUUGUGCGGCUUAACCAGAGCUCCACAUUACUGAAAGCUGUGGACCGAGAUUCAGAGGAGAAUGGCUCACCCUUUUCCUUCUCUGUGCCUCUGGAGUAUCGUUACAGCAAUGAUUUCCACCUGCAGGAUAAUGGGAAUGACACUGCCACCAUCACCGCCCUGAGAGCCUUCGACAGGGAAAGACAAAAAGAGUUUCUACUACCUGUCAUCAUGACCGAUAGAGGCAGUCCACCAAAGACCGUCACGAACACACUCACUAUCACCAUCGGUGACGAGAAUGACCACGCCCAUAUAGCUGGACAGAAGAAAGUGUUCAUCAACUGUCACAGAGGGAGAAUGCCAACCAAUGUACUGGGGAAGGUUUACUCACCAGAUCCAGAUGACUGGGAUAACAAGACAUAUGCCUUCGAGGGACCUGUUCCUAAUUAUUUUAUCCUGAACAAGAGGACAGGGUUCCUCAUCCUAAAGGAGAACGCUCCUCCUGGGAGUUAUGACUUUCAGGUUCGAGUGUCAGAUGGGCUGUGGCCGGAUACCGUCUCUAGUGUUAAGGUGAAUGCGAGAGAGCUACGGGACGAUGCCAUCUACAACUCAGCCUCUCUGAGAUUAGCAGACAUCUGCGCCACAGAGUUCAUGGAACGUCGUGGCAAUCUGAAGAGCAGGUACGAGCUGCUGGGCGACUUCCUGUCAGACAUGCUGUCUGUGGGGGCAGACGACAUCAACAUUUUCAGUCUGGUGGAAGUGCGGCACAGGACUCUGGAUGUGAGGUUCUCCGUUCACAGCGUGCCGUUCCUCAGGGCCGAGAAAGUCCAUGGAUACCUUGCAGCUCAUAAACAAAAACUCCAGUCUUUUCUUCAAGUCAACGUGACCCAGGUUCAUGUAGAUGAGUGUGUGGUUGCUGACUGUCGGGGAGGAGGGGGCUGCACCAGCCAUCUGAGCGUGACUGACAAGCCGGCAGUGGUUGACUCGGGCAGCAUGGCUCUGGUGUCAGUGACUGUGGAAGCCACUGCUGUCUGCAGCUGCUCAGCACGUGAAAACCUCCACCAGAGCUGCUCCGUCUAUCCCAGAACCCCCUGCCACAACGGAGGAGUCUGUGUGGACACGCAGAGUGGAUACAGAUGCCAGUGCCCGGCUCAGUUUGAGGGACCCGAGUGCCAGCAGACAAAACACAGUUUCCAUGGCAACGGCUAUGCUUGGUUUCCCCCUAUAAGGCCAUGUUUCGAGAGCCACCUCUCGCUGGAGUUCAUCACAGAGGUGGCAGAUGGCUUGCUGCUCUACAGCGGACCCCUCUCCCAGCUUCAGCCGUGGGAGCCGGAGGACUUUAUGGCCAUAGGUAACCUACACACACCCUCACCAGCCAUUACUCCUGGCUCGGGUACAUUGGUCCUGCAGUUGCCGAGCAACGUGAAUGUAGCGGACAGACGGUGGCACAGACUGGACGUGAGGAGCAACAGCAAAGAAGUUCGUUUUACACUUGACCGCUGCGCAGGAGCCACUAUCAUGGAGAUGGAGGGAGUGGGCAGCUGGCUAACUACUGAAGACCACACUUCCUGUGAAGUUACUGGCGUCACACCGAACAUGGACAAGCAUCUGAACGUGACACAGGUGCUUCAGCUAGGAGGAGUGAAUGAGAACCUGCCCUAUAUCUACCCACAACUACAACACAAGCACUUUACUGGCUGUAUCCGAAACCUCAUCGUGGACAGCAAGUUUUAUGACCUCGGUUCACCGGCUGACUCCUCUGGCAGUGCUCCGGGUUGUCUGAUGACGGACAAUAGUUGUGUGAACAUGGGCUUUCCUUCCUGCGGGACCCGGGGGCGCUGCCAUGGAGAGUGGGGUUCCUUCAGCUGUCAGUGCAUACCUGGGUACAGCGGGUAUCAGUGUGAAAAGGAGGUCCCUGAGUAUUCUUUUGAUGGACGGAGUCACAUACACUUUCAGCUGGCCUUCACUCUCCCAGCCAGACACACGCAGGUUCAGGUCCUGGUCCGGACACGCAAACACAGCAGCUCUAUCCUCAGCCUGCUGUCCAAAGAACAGAAUGAAUAUCUCAAACUGGAGAUCUAUCAGGGUCUGUUAAGUGUCUUCUACAACCUCGGUGAUGGGGACUUCAACUUGACAAUGCCCUCUUAUCGUUUAGACAACGGAGAGUGGCAUGACAUUCACUUAGAUCGGCAUGACAAUGAGAUGACCCUGCGCCUGGACGGCGGGGGAGGACAGCGAGAGGUCACGGGAUCGCCAGGUCGCAGUCGGGAGAUUGUUAUUGAUCCUGCUGUGGUGAUGCUGGGCAACUCAUUCCCCUCAGGACACAACAAGAGCUUCCAAGGCUGUAUACGGGACUUGAGACUCAACGGGCGGUUUAUUCCUCUGGACGGUCAGGCCAGAGAGGGGGUGUCGGUGGUCAGUUCUCAAGGUGUCUCUCUGGGUUGUUCCUCUGACUCCUGCCGGAAAAACCAAUGUAGCCCCCCCUUUACCUGCGUGGACUUGUGGAGAAUCCAUGAAUGCAGUUUCUCUGCCUUCGCAGUGCUGCUGUUGGGGAUUUUCCUGUACACGCGCUGGCGGAGCUAUAAGGGGCUGAAGGAGGGCGUGUAUCACGUGUCUGCCCACCAUGACGGAUGGGAGGACAUCCGAGAGAACGUGCUCAACUACGAUGAGGAGGGCGGCGGGGAGGAGGAUCAGAACGCCUAUGACAUGGCAGAGCUCCAGAAGUCCCUGCAGCCCAGCCCGGCCCAGUCGGUGCAGUACAGCCGAUCGCUAGCCAUCCACCACCACCCUCCCUCCCAGCAGCAACAGCAACACUUUUGCCAGCCUGACCCCCCCUCCAGAGCGGGUACGGCCACCACCACCUCCUCCAUCUCCUCAGGAACCGCCACCAUCCGUAGGGACGUACCCCCCUGCCGCUCUCCGGCUCAAGGCCAGACUGCGAAUCCCAGCCGAGCGGCCCAGCUGGCCCGCAAGAGCUUGUCGUUCUCCAGCCAGGACCUGGCACGCUACCUGUGUGAAAUUAUCCGUGAUGCCGACCAGCACCCGGAGACGGCGCCCUUUGACUCCCUGCAGGUCUUCUCCACGGAGGGGGGCGGCUCGCUGGCCGGGUCACUGAGUUCCUUCAGCUCUGCUGGGCUGGAAGAGGGAACGGCGGCAGGUCACGAGUGUUUGAAAGAGUGGGGGCCACGCUUUGAGAAGCUGAAAGCCCUCUAUGAGCGGGCCGAGGGCAGCGACCUCUAAAGAACUGCCAGGAAGAGUUCCUGCAGUACGAGGAGAGGAGGGAGACCACUAAAGACUUGUCUAAAAACCAGAGGGAUUUUUCUUAUGCCGAAAAUCCCUACGCUUUGGCUUUCUCUGGCAAGUGACAUUUGGGACUCCCAAUGAGCAGCAAAUGGGAAGUGCUAAUCCAAGGCACAGCAAGUUGUGGUCAUGACAAUUUUUAAACCCAGAGUGGCAUCUUUAUUAAAGUGACUUGCGGAUGACAAUGAUUUUAGUGGAACCAUUUGUUGUCUUUGGGACCGACACUGGCGGAGCGCUUUGGACGUGUUCUAUAUGUCUGUAUGGUCUAUAUGUUCUUAAAUAAAAGUAAGACAGGAAGAAAAAUAAACUGCCGUGCUCAGAUGCGACUAGGAGGGGUUUGUCCUUCUCCUUUUACGGGCCGAUUUCUGAAAUCAGUUUGCCGCAUGUUCUGUCAGAGUGGCCACUUGUGUUCAUCAAUCAUAACUUCAUACUUGGAUACUGUUGAUUUUUUUUCUAUUUGCUCAGCCCUCCGCUUAGAUUUUAUUCACUCGGAUGCGAGGAUGAAAGAGGAAGUCUGCGGGAAAAAAACUGAAGAUGUGUGAAAAACACUGAGGAAAAUGAAACACAAAGCAGCUUUAUUGUUUGGCAUUUUAGGAGACAUUCCUUGGGAAUACAAAUUAUGUCCUCUCUUUCUAGCCAAAAAGGAGUGAAGGAACGGCUGGAAUACAAAUGUGGCUGAGUGGCUGGCAUGAGAUGGAAGUUUUCUGUAGCUGAAAACUAUCGAAAACUCUCUUGACUCUCACGCUUUACUGAGCAGUAGCAAUCAGAGUCUGCCAAGCUAAAGGAUAGCCAUUAAGACAAAUGAACAAAUGUGUGUGUUGUUCCAUGUGAUCAACUCAAACAUGAUAUUGAGCUCUGCUGGAGGAGCUUUCAGCACUGGAAUGAGCUUACAGUCCAGUUUGCUUCCUCCCGACAGUAUCAUAUUAUUAACCAAACCAGCUUACCCGACCGUACCGUCAUUUCCUGUUCUACUAUAAAUAACUCCUUGUAUCCCAUCACAUUAUUCGGCACUGCAGUGAAAGAAAUGGGCCUCGGCACCAGGUGCAUUCAGGGAGUGGCGGUCCAGCGGUUUCAGACCCUGAGCACCUCCCAUGUAACAUGUUUUAUGAGGCUGCAUGGGGUGAAGGAAAAGCAAGGCAAGCUUGUGUGUGCAAAUGGAAUAACUAAAAGUCUCCCCCCGUGAGGCCUCAAAUGCCAACCUUGUAUUUUAUGCAUUUUAAGGCAAUGUUUUUUGCCUCCUUUUAUCAUUUCAGUUAUUUAUUUAUUUAUAUUUUUCUGGAGAAUGCCGUAUGUGGAGCAUGACAGGCUGGCUGAGGAGAGUGCAGCGUGUAGGAGUGUGUUAAAAGACAUCAGACUGCUAAUCCUAAUGUGAACUGAUCGCUCACUGUCAUGCUGUGAACCAAAGGAUCAGGGGAGUUGGAAAACUCGAUGGAGAAAUCGUCACUCUUACUAAGGAUCUUAAAAAGUGCCAAUAUUUCCAAAGGCAGUAACGAGAAUUAAAAAAAAAAGGUUCAAGUUGAAGCUAAGAAAUAUAGCUGGAAGUGCAAUGCUUGCUAUUUUAUAGAGUUCAAAAGAGGCCAACGGGAUUGGCGCUUGGAGUCAUCCUUGAAAGGGGAUUGGGGAGGAUCCAGUGUGAGGUGAGAGUAUUCAUGAAUGAAGCAUGAUGGGAUCUUACAAAACCAAUUCCUCUUCGAUUUUGAACCAAGGCCACCUGUUUAUUUGUGUGGUGAAUAUAUACAGUACUCUAUUUUGUGAAACAAUG